GGCACUCAUAUCUAGGUCACCGGUUAUUUAAGAUGCCUGUCAACUAACCACCAAAAUUAUCCAUCACAACACGGUGUCGGCCUCUAUCCGGCUCUUUCCUGAUGGCCCAGAUUUACUCUGAGUCCUCGGAGAACUUCGAGUUCAUCGAAACUCCGGCUGCUCCUACGCCCAUCAGCCCUCCGCAGCAUUGCGGUGUUCGGACUACAUCGGCCUUCUCCAAUGUACUACUCAUCUCCCUGCUCGUUGUGAUCCCGUGGUAUGGGGCCCGCCAGGUGGGCGGGGGCUUCUACACCACCAUAUUCUUCGCCAUUUUCACCACGGUGCCAAUCCUCAUGGUGUUCUGGACCGUGGCGUCCUCGAUAUCCCCCCGCAAGAAUGAGAAGGCCAAGUACACAGGUCGCCCCGUCGAGCACUACCUUGAGUUCAAGGACGAGAAUGAUCGCAUCAAGUACAGAGGCAAGAGCAGGAUUCCCAUGGAAACCUUCUACGAAAAGUACUUCAAUGGUGAGGUCGAUUUCAAAGGCGGUGCUCUGGAAUGCCUCGAGUACAGACACGAUUGGGCUAGCUUCCGCUUCACAAUGGGCUUGUAUAAGCACUUCCUCUUUGGCUUCAUACCUGAGAUGCUGAUGCAUACUCGUUCUCAGGACGAAGAACAAGUCCGUGACCACUAUGACCGAGGAGACGACUUCUAUGCAUGGUUCCUUGGCCCCCGUAUGAUCUACACGUCUGGUAUUAUUGGAGACAUCAACAAGGAAGAGACUCUAGAACAACUGCAGGACAACAAGCUGGCUGUUGUUUGCGAGAAGAUUGGCGUCAAGCCCGGUGACACUCUCCUCGACCUUGGCUGCGGCUGGGGAACUCUGGCAAAAUACGCUUCGGUCCACUACGGUGCCCAAGUCACCGGUAUCACACUCGGACGCAACCAGACUGCCUGGGGUAACACUGGCCUUCGCAAAGCUGGCAUUGAGGAAUCUCAGAGCCGUAUUCUCUGCAUGGACUACCGUGAUGCUCCCUCCGUUCCGGGUGGCUACAAGCAGAUCACCUGUCUCGAAAUGGCCGAACACGUCGGUGUGCGCCACUUUAGCAGCUUUCUGUCUCAAGUUCACGACAUGCUGGACGACGACGGUGUCUUCUUCCUGCAAAUCGCUGGUCUUCGCAAAUCCUGGCAGUACGAGGACCUGAUCUGGGGUCUCUUCAUGAACAAGUAUAUCUUCCCUGGUGCCGAUGCCAGUACUCCUCUUGGCUUCGUCGUCGACAAGCUUGAGGGUGCCGGUUUCGAGAUCAAGAGCGUUGAUACCGUUGGCGUCCAUUAUUCGGCAACCUUGUGGCGCUGGUACCGCAACUGGAUGGCCAACCGUGAGAAGGUCGAAGCCAAGUACGGCAAGAGAUGGUUCCGGAUCUGGGAGUAUUUCCUCUCCUACUCCACUAUCAUCUCACGCCAAGGCAGCGCAACCUGCUGGCAGCUUACGCUGGUGAAGAACAUUAAUUCUACCCACCGGGUCGAGGGAAUCAGCUCUCAGUAUGGUCUUGCUGGUGCUCGCCAGGCUGCGAUCGAUACCGUUGGCCACGGCUCUGUUCCCAGCGCCUAUAUCCCUACUGUUGCCAAGGAGUGAGUCUAAAUAGUGGCUAUUUACUAUAUCUUAACGGCAGGAUUCCGCAAGUAUGCGCUCUUACUAGCCUUUUUGUUUUCAAGGUGAUACGAAGUGAUACAUUUGAUCGGAAAAGUCAAUGGACGUAUUCUUGUUCUUCUCUUCUCUGCUAUUUCUCUUCCUUUCUUCUGAAAUGACUCGGGGCCAAAAUGUAUGAAGUACGUGAUGAUGGUAUCUAAUUUGUAUGCAUCUCGUCUUCUGAGAAAAUCAGGGCAGAUGUUUGUAUUACCUUGUAUUCAAAUAUUUUAUAUAAUAAAGGCGGCUCUGAUAUAAAUAUUCUUAUAGUAUCUACUGCC